GCGCCCGCACACUCUCGCAGACACACACUCGCUCACACCCCUCUCCCGCCGCCAGCGGCCGGGGGGCACUUUUGAAAGCCCUUCUGGUUCCACACCCAGCCGCCGCUGACAUCAUUCCCGCAGGAGGGCGGGCGGAGGCACCGCCGCCGCCGCCAGACGGUCGCAGCCCCGGAGAGCUGCCCGCCGGCCCGCGCCCAUUUAUCUCAGCCUAAAGCCUCUCCAGAGCAAGGAUGCUGAUUCUCCUGGCCUUCAUUAUUGUGUUUCACAUAACCUCAGCAGCGCUGCUGUUCAUUGCAACUAUCGACAAUGCCUGGUGGGUGGGAGAUAACUUUUCUACAGAUGUCUGGAGAAUGUGUGUCACAAAUACAAGCACCUGUAUGGCUAUCACUGAUGAGUUCAAUGAGUAUCAAUCAAUUCAGGCUGUUCAGGCCGCCAUGAUUCUGUCUACGAUUUUCUGCUGUGUGGCAUUUCUGGUUUUCAUUCUUCAGCUCUUCCGUCUAAAGCAAGGAGAAAGAUUUGUGUUAACCUCUAUUAUCCAGCUCCUGUCAUGUCUGUGUGUUAUGAUUGCAGCUUCCAUUUACACAGACAGGCAUGAAGAACUGCACCAGAGCCAUGGAUAUAGAAUGGAAGUUUCCAAAGGCCAAUAUGGCUAUUCCUUUGUCUUAGCCUGGAUUGCAUUUGCCUUUACCCUGAUCAGUGGAGUGAUGUACUUAGUACUAAGGAAGCGUAAAUAAAUGUCAGCAUCUAGUUAUUUCUAUCACUGCAGUACAAAACCAAAUUCCAGUAACCAUUUUGUAUAUAAUCAUUUACAUGGUUUUGUAGUAAAGGUAUUGUUUCUCUAAAAAUGUACUGUGUUCUUCAUAUGAAACAGAAUAAAAAAAAAAGAAAAGAAGGCAGGUGAAAUGAAAUUCCCAGCACCUCCAGGUCAGGGGUCAGAACAAGAUAGUCAAGUGGUUUCUUUUACAUAUUUCAUCAUCAUAAAUGGUCUUCCUUUAUUAGACUUUUAACAGUUUGUUCCUGGCUUCUAGCAGAUUACAAAUAAAGCCCGUACAAAUUAAUUUGUAAGCAAUAUACUAACUAUAUUCCUGGACCAGAUAUAUCCCUUUGAAAUACGUUAAAUAUAAGGGUGUGUAAAAAAAUGAGGCCCAGAUCACAAUGAAAGAGCAAGAAACUCUAAAGCCCAAAGCUGCACUCAGAGCAUCUGCCCUGGCACAGGAUCAGGGUUCUGCUCUUUAUAAUGUGCAGUAAGUGUCAUCAAGUUUUUAUUAAAACCACUUGCUUUGCAAAUGUAAACAAGUCCUUUUAGUACUCCACCAAAUGUUUCUUUUGAUUUCACAUUUAAUUUAAGCGCACAGAGCCUUUGGUGGGAGCACUUAUCAGCCAGUUCCCUGUUCAGCCUGGGCCCAGCACAGCUGGAGCAGUGAGGAACAGCCUACCCCAGUCCUGAAUCCCUUCAGCUUAGCCUUGGGCAGCCUUUCUGGGAGGGAGAAAAGGGAAACAGAAAAGCGUUACUGUGCCUACAUCUGCAGAUUUCUAAACAGACCAGUGAUCAAGCAAUGCCAAAUUUAGGUUUUUACAGCCAAACUCGACAUGUUUAUUUCAGUGGGCUUUUAUCACCUAGGAUUUCAUGGUUAAUGUGUCCUGUACAAAAGCAUUCCUGGAGUCUGCCCAUUAGGAAAUUUGCCUUUAAAAAUUAAUUUUAAAUUCCUUUGUGGUUUUUACGGUUUUAAGGAACUAAACACUGUUACUAAACAAAUCAGAGUGAAAUUACUAUGCUUAUGAAUUUCAUGAUCGGUUUCAAGAUAAAAUGACUUGGUGAUUUUUAUUUUUCAGUAAUUUUUUGAGUUAAAUCCUUGCUCUAAUACCAGGCUUAACUGCUCAGCAGUGUAACGCUGGCUUUGGCUGAUGGUGAUUUUGGAUAUCAGUGUGGAGAAUGAAUGAAGUUCCUGUUCUGGUUAGUCACAGCUUUGAUGCUUAAGUACAGAUUUGACUUUUGUAAAGCUCUAACCAUUUAUUUAUUUAUUUCAUUAUAUUCACUACAGCUGGCCCAAUACACAGGCAGUAAAAAAGUAAAUAGGGUUUGAAUGAGGUAUGGCACCUAAAGUAGAACAAGUUCAGUAUCAUAAGGCAGUGAAGCUCUACUGAAAUUAAUAAUUACUACAUUAGACAUCAGCUGAUGUCUAACGUAGUCAGAUAAUGAAAUUUUAUCUGAUUUCUUCAGAUUUAUCCUUGAUCACAAAGUAAAAGUUCAGGUGCAUAGCUUAUUAGGAACUGCCUCCAACAUGAGUGAUCAAGUCAUGUAGUUCCAUCUUCAUUCCUUCAACGUCCUAUAAUGCUUUGGCAUAUGCUGGUUGUCUUUUUGGAGCAAAGGAAUACCAAUAAGACUGUUAAAAAAAUUAGGAUGAGCAAGCAGGACAUCAUAGUAAAAGUAAUAAUAAUAGUUAAAAACCCACAUCAGUUUGAAGAGAAGGGAUUCUCCCCAGCCUAGCAUCAUGCUAGUAUUUUGUCAGGUUUUUCCCUCUUAGUGGGAGUGCUCUGAAUUUCAAGAAUUAUUACCCUACUUUUGAAAAAAAGUGCUUCUAUAAUUUGCUGAAUACAUUUCAGGUUCAAAACCUGAGUUUUUGCUAGCAAGCAGAAUUUGUCUUAAAUAAACAGAUGCAGGAUUAAGGAUGAAAGUAGAUAUACUGUUAGCUAGGCAUUUUGCUACAUUUAUUAAUACAUGAAACAGUAAGGGAAAUUUUUAAGCAAAUAUGGAUUAAAGCUCUAAUAUCUAAAGGACAGUCCUGAAAAAUUCAAAGUUAAGCUUUUAUGUCACUGAGUUGCAGAGAUGCUUUAGUUUCUCACUGUGAUAAUGCUCAGGUCAUUUGUAGAUCAAAUAUUUAAAAUAAAGAUGUAGAAACACAUGAACACAGUUUAAUUCCACAGUAAAAGCUCUGUCCCUUUAUUAAAGUGAAAAGCACACACACAACAAUCACUCUGCUGUAUAACAGCUCCACUUGUGUACAAACCCCAGCACGUGCAUGAUGCCACACAGAACAGAUGGGAAUGUUCUGCACAGCAAGGGAACAAAUACCAAAUCAGUCUGAACUAGAGUUUGAGCAGGACAAACAUAUUUUAUAUUUUAGGGUUUUUUUUAUACCUUAUAUGCUAUUUAAAUAUGCCAUUUUCUAUACUUUAUAUAUUCUGAAAAUGUACAUGAAAAUAAAAUGAAUUCUUGUACUGUAAUAGCAAACUCAAUACAUUUGGCAAUCUGACCUUGUCUUUAAGCUUGGGAUAUAUUUACACAAUGUUGGAUGAGAAAUAGUUGAGUAUUUGUGUGAACAGGUAAAAUUAAAUUCUUCCUGCCUGUAGUAGAACCA